CACUUGCACUCUACCUUCUUUUCUGUCUCCGUCCCUCCCCCUUCUUCUCUUCCUUGUUUUGCUCGCAGUCUGUUAGCGUCUUCCUCACAUGUGCAGGACUGGCAAGCCUCUACAACGCUCACACAUUCACUGCUCACUGCAGGUGAAGAAAGCGGUCCAAAGUUUUUGCUGCAAACCAAGCUCCUGCAGCACCAGCACUAACUACAGUAACUACCGUGGAUUUGAAGAAGGACAUUUGAGGUGUUUGUGGAAAGAAAGAUGGAAGAGCAGAACAUCAUGGAAAUUCUUUCUGGGGAUCGUCUUGUCUGCUGUAAGAGACAUGGUCCAUUCCAAACCCCCCCCCCAACGCGGGGCAAGUCAACGGCGAGGAGCUGAGGUGGAUCUGGCGGCCGUCCUCGGCGUUGCCUCCCUAUCUUUGGCCGACAGCUCGCCCUGCUGGUCUGCAGAUGCCACUGCCGCCUGUCCAGCCCCGCUUUCCAGUCUGCUUAACUUCGCGGUGAGUGUCCAAAGGAAGUCGUCCUCUUCCACCUCCAAUGAUCGACCUGCGUUGGGCGCCACUGUGAAUGGCUUCCUGCCGCCAUCGUGUGGGUUGCAUGGACCAUUAACGAAGGACAUCGCUUCGCACAGGUUUUGUGCUCAAAUGUUGAAACGACGACAGAGAAAUUCCUACAGAGGAUGUGAAUGAUGCAACUACCUGUGGACUAUGUGACUUCUGGAGGAAUAUUAUGGCAUGUGUUAAGGUAACAGGACUGAAUGAAAAUAACUAAAGCGUACAUUUUAACAUGAUGUUAAAGUAUAGUUUGGAUAAAAAGUAACACAAAAAUGGAAAAAUUAGCGUUGUAAAACUUUGCUAAUGUGAAUUAUCAAAAACAAUUGCAUUAAUUAUGUAUGAAUUAGGAUUAAUCACACAAUUUAUUUUGUCCACUCUGACAUAAGGUGUGUUGUUAUAUGUCAGUGAUCAGGUCAAUCAGCGCACGUCAUGAAAAAAUACUUUCAUUAAUUUCACAGUAAACUAAAUCUUGUAUUCAUAUAUUAUAUUUCCUUGAAAUAUAUUGAUUAUGCAGAACUGUCCUUUUGCAGUUUCGCUGAAACCCAUUUUGUAUGACAAGAGCUAAUAAUUAUUCCAUGAACAGAGGAAGGCUCCAACAUAUUAUUUACAAUCACUAUGAUCAUCAUGCUUUUUUUUUUUCAUGACUUCUGUAUGUGUAACCUGUAACUGUACAACACUAAUAGCAUUUAGUUUCUCAUAGUAUCUAAUAUACACAUUAACAAAUAGAAUAUACCUGCAAUACAUUACACAACGCUAUGGGUUAGAUUUAUUAAAUAUGUUUAUUUACAAAUAGCAUCCUUGAGUACAUUUGGAUCACAUUUUGACAUUUUACAUUAUUGUUGAAUUCAAUUAAAUUCACUUCAAACAGACACUAUUGUGUUGUUGUUGUUGUUUUGUUGUUGUUGUUGUUGUUGUUUUUUAUACAAAUUAUGCCUUAAUUUUUCUUCAGUUUAUUAAGAGGGAGAAUGUCAAAUCUGAUGGUCUUAAAAAAAACUAAUAACAAAAUAAACAGUAAAAAAAAAAGAUUGAAAAAGAGAAAAUGAUUUAAUUUAUUUUUUGGAAUAAUCGAGUUAAAUGUCAGAGUUAAAUCUGGUGUUGCUAAAUGAAACAUUUAGAGGAUUUUUUUUUUACAAAUACAUGAUAAAAAAAAAGAUGGAGUUGACUGUUUCAUGGUCAAUUACUACAAAACAAUAUGGUGUAUUGGGUUUAUAUUGAGGUGGCGACUUGUCCAGAGUGUGCCUUUCCUACCGCCCAAAUUCAGCUGAGAUAGGCUCCAGCACCCCCCGCCACCCCAAAAGGGACAAGCGGUAAAAAAUGGAUGGAUGGAUAUCCAAAAUAAACAAUUAAUACUCAAACAAUUCAACAAAUAGAAAAAGGGAGAAUUAAGAAGCCAAAUGUACUUGAUCUAAAUCAUGUUCAAUAAAUAUGUAUAUAAAUAUAUUCUUCUCCUUUGUUGUAUUUUGAAAACACCAUAUGCUUGUACUGUUUCUUAAACUGAUACAUAAUAUAUAUUAUUUAAAGCCUUUUUUUAAAUUACAUACUUUGAUUUCACAUACAAAUACACACAAUGUUGCGCAUACAAAUGUUUUAGAGUAUGUUUAGACCUCAACUUGUUUGUCUCCCCUUUUGAUGAGAAAAAAUACUUUUUGCCUCUUUUGGCAACUUGAGGUUAUUUAUUACUUAUAUCUUGUACAUAUUAUACAUUUUUAAUAUUAUCACUCUUAUUGUAUCUUUUUCAAGCUACAGAUCUCUUUGAUUAAAAAAGUAAGAUUGGUUACAUUUUCUACAUCAUAAAUUGAGUAAAAUGUAAAUGAAUGGUGGAAUUUUGCUAUUUCAUACAUCUAAUUAAAUGCUUUAUUCAUGUGGACCUACAUAUUUCCUUAAAAUAACGCUUUUAUCCUCAACUCUUGACAGUAGAAUAUAUAACUAUAAAUACAUAUAUAAUAUAAAUAUUUUGUAAUGCAUCAGGAGUUUAUGACGCCACAUUUCUUCACUUAACACAAAACAAUAAUCAAAUAAAAACACAUUCUUUACAGUUUUUUUUUUUUUUUCACAAAAAUCAAAACAAAGCAGUGUAAAAAUUAUCAGAUUAAAUUCCAUAAAUAUGUGCAUACACAUACAUAUUAUUCUGUUAUCAUAUCAUAUUGCAUUUUGAUUACAACUAAAUAUCUCAAAUAGGAAAAACUGUUUUUGUAUUUUUACAUCAAGUUGUUUUUUUUUCAGAAACUUUAAUACAUUGUGCAAAUUAAUUGAAAAUUACUAUAACCAUAAUAACAAUAAGUUUACAAUACUAGCAAUGUAUGACACACAAAAGAAGACCAACUUUGAACUAGUACUCACAGCGUAUUUUGAAGUAUCCAUAUUUUUGCUUCGGUCAAAGAAGUUUUGUUGGUAAAAUGAAGAAACAUUUGUGAGUUAGACGCUAGAAGAAGAAGUUUAGACUCCUGUUUUUUGUGUUGUUAGUUGAAUGAAUACAAGCUUGAUGUGACUCAGAAGUACUGACUCACGCUUGAUCAUCGCGUCCGAGGUGAGUCGCCCGCCAUUUCUAAAAACCCUUUGUCUAUUACUUUUUUCUUCUUUCUCUUCUUUUCUAACUCUUAAUUCUGUAAAACAUCAUCACUUAAAGCUACUGUAAUGUGUAGAAAAGUGAAGUAUGUAUAUACGGUGUAUACAUGUACAUGUAUAUGUUAGGAUAUGUUUUUUGUUGUUGUUUGUUAGCCAGCAGCUUUUUCUCAAAAUCAAAUCAAAGAAAAACAAAAAAAAAUUGAAAUAUUGAAAAGGGCAAAAAUAUGGAAUAUAAUGACAAAAAAUAUACAUUUCAAUAUUAAUAAAUACUAAUGAUAAUACGCUUUGUCAUCUUUAGCACAGGCUGCAAAAAAGUUUUUCUUUAUAGUACAUGUGUGUAUGCAUGUAUGUGUGUAAUAACAAUAUCAAAAUGGCUUUGUUUUUUCAGUAUGCAAACCUUGCUGGAAAAAAUUGUGACACCCCUGUUUCAGUACUUGUAUUGUAUAUAUUAGUACAUGUAUAUUUUAGUACAUGUACAUGUCAUAAUUCAAUCAAUCAAAUGGAAGAAACAACCUCUUUGAGGAUGUGUGUUUUAUUUAAAUGCUUAUGUUGGUCAUGUUUUAAAUGAUAAUAAUCAUCAUGAUAAACAAUACCGGCUGCAGAUGACAAAGAACUUUGGACAUUACAAAUGAUGUUGUCACCUUCUCCGCGUGUGUGAGUGUCUGUGUGUGUGUGUGUGUGUGUGUGUGUGUGUGUGUGUGUGUGUGUGUGUGCGUGCGUGCGUGCGUGCGUGUGUGUGUGUGUGAGUGUGUGUGUGUGAGAGAGAGAGCAAUAGAGGGAGAACAUUUAUAUAUAUAUAU